AGGUCACUCCCCAUGCUGCGUCAACUCCAUAGAACCAACGAAACAUUGUAUCAAUCGCACUCCAAUCAGCCUCAUGUUUCCGAUUUUUACCGUUGAAAUAAAUUACCUUGAUCGACCAGAAAUUCAACCAGAAUUAGUAAAGUUUACAUCGAAUUGUGCUACUGCAAAUAUCUGUCUAUUUUAACAACCAUCCACAAUGAAAAUAGAUCCAACAAUACCUAUACCCGAGUUCUUCAAAGGAAAAAAUGUUCUUAUAACUGGAGCUUCAGGAUUCAUGGGGAAAAUUCUGGUAGAGAAAUUACUUCGAUGCUGUCCAGAAAUCGGGAAAAUCUACAUUAUUUUAAGAGGCAGAGGUGAUAAGAGUCCAAAGGAAAGGUGGGAUGAAAUGACAAAACUUCCGGUAUUCGACAGACUCAAGACAGAGUACCCAAAUAAUUUGGAUAAAAUAGUUGUUUUAGAAGGUGAUGUAUCCGAGAAAAAUUUGGGACUCGCAAUUCAUCAUCAAAUAAUUUUAGAGGAAGAUGUUUCGAUUAUUUUUCAUUCAGCAGCCUCUGUGAGAUUUGACGACCCUCUAAGCAAAGCGAUAUUUCUCAAUACUCGUGGUGCCUUGGAAAGUGUCAAACUUGCUGAAAGGAUGAGGAAUCUGGAGUGUUAUCUUUAUGUCUCGACCGCAUACUCCAAUUCUCAUCUAGAUAUUGCAGAGAUAGAAGAAAAGAUUUACCCAACUGAAUAUGAUUACAAGAUGUUGAUAGAGCUGAUUGAGAGAUAUGCUGAUGCUGAACCAGCCCUAAUUGAAAUUCUUGCCAAAAAAAUAAUCAACAAUCAUCCAAAUACUUAUACAUUCAGUAAAGCACUGGCGGAACAAGUAAUGGUAGAUUAUUCAACGAAAAUUCCAGUAGUUAUCGUGCGACCGUCAGUAGUUAUCAAUUCGAUGCACGAGCCUUUGGUUGGCUGGUUGGAAAAUCUGAAUGGACCAAUGGGAAUCAUAGCUGGUGUUACCAAAGGCAUUCUGAGAGUUUUCCUUGCCAACGAAGACUGUUCUUUAGACUAUGUUGCUGUCGACUAUGCUAUCAACAGUCUCAUUGUUUCAGCUUGGCAUAAGGCUGUAGCUGAGCAAAGAGAGAAGAAACAACUUACAAUUUACAACUGUGUGUAUGGUAAUGUUAAAUCAGCGACAUUUGGUGAUAUCAUAAAUGCAGGACCGUCUGUUUCCAACGCUUACCCAUACACUGAUGUCCUAUGGUAUCCAAGUAUAAUAACCACUACAAACACAAAACUUUUUACGUUUCUUUUCUACAUCCUCCAAAUAAUUCCCAGCUUGCUCUUGGAUGCAGUACUCUGGCUGUUCAGUUAUGAUACAAUGUUCCUGAAGAUUAGCAGAAAAAUCUAUAUUGUAUCUUUUGCGCUACAAGUAUUUUCAACAAAAAUUAUAAAAUUUUCGAAUAGAUGCUACCAAUCUUUAUGGAAAACUGUUAGUGAGAGUGAUAGCAAAAUAUUCUACAUGGAUCCUCCAGAACACAUUUCUGCAGCAGAUAUUAUACUGACUUGUCACUUGGGAAUGCGAAAGUUCUAUUUUCAUGAAAGUGAAUCGAAUAUCCCACAAGCCAGGGCAAAAUUCAACAGAUUGUAUUGGGCGGAUAGAGCACUCCGAGUCUUUGUUAUAGGCAUCUUCACAUGGUUCUCUUCAAAAUAUGUUAUGAAUCGAUUCAGUUAGUUGAAUAAAAUUUGAUAAG